GGCGUCCCGGGGGAGGAGCCUCUCCUGCAGCCGCCGCCGCCUCUGCAAUCGCAAACCCGGAAGACGGGCUCUGCCAGCGGGAGUGUGCGGGCCGGCCCGGCACGGCCAUGCAGCCUCUGGAGGUAGGUCUGGUUCCCGCCCCAGCAAGAGAGCCGAGACUGACCCGCUGGCUGCGGAGAGGCAGUGGGAUCUUGGCGCACCUGGUAGCUUUGGGCUUCACCAUCUUUCUGACUGUGCUGUCCCGGCCAGGAACCAGUCUUUUCUCCUGGCACCCUGUAUUCAUGGCCUUGGCGUUCUGCCUCUGCAUGGCUGAGGCCAUCCUACUCUUCUCACCGGAACACUCCCCAUUCUUCUUCUGUUCCCGAAAGGCUCGGAUCCGGCUCCACUGGGCAGGGCAGACUCUAGCCAUCCUCUCUGCAGCCUUGGGCCUGGGCUUUAUCAUCUCCAGCAGGACCCGCAGUGAGCUACCCCAUCUGGUGUCCUGGCACAGCUGGGUAGGGGCCCUGACACUGCUGGCCACUGGUGGCCAGGCACUGUGUGGGCUCUGCCUUCUCUGUCCCCGAGCAGCCAGGGUCUCAAAGGUGGCUCGCCUCAAGCUCUACCAUCUGACUUGUGGCCUGGUAGUCUACCUGAUGGCUACAGUGACAGUGCUGCUGAGCAUGUACUCAGUGUGGUUCCAGGCCCAGAUCAAAGGUGCAGCCUGGUACCUGUGUCUGGGACUGCCCCUCUAUCCAGCCCUGGUGAUCAUGCACCAGAUCUCCAGCUCCUACUUGCCAAGGAAGAAAAUGGAAAUGUGAAUUCCUCCGACUCUGAAUCCAGAUGGAACACUUGACUUGGACUUCAGUGGUUCCUUUGGUGACCUACAAGGGACCCACUUCAGAAGUGGUCAGGUUUUUGCACUUCUUUGUUGGGCCAGGAGCUGCAGAAACCCAAGCUGCUAUUGUUGAGGGAUAAUUCAGUGGACCAAAAAGGGGAAGUGUACUGGGUGCAAGUGGAAGGUGAUGGAGACCUUGAUCCUAAAGCCUUCACUCCUUGAUGGGAGAUAUAGAGUAUUGGGUGGUGGUGGUGAUGUGUUGGUGGUCAUUUCUUGCUUGUGUGCCUGAUGAAGAGUUGGGCUCCUAUAAAUUAUGAAUGGCAGCCAUGGAUAUUUGGGUCACUUUUGAGAAAGCAGUGUGAUAUAAUAUAGAGAGCCCAUAGGUCCUGUUUAUGGGUUAUGUCCUCUUAGGCUCUGUUGUGUGACCCUAGGUGAAUUCCAUAUCUUAAGACUCAGUUUUCUCUCUGUGAAAUGUUUCUAAAUGAUCCCUAAGUCUCUUCCAUCUCUAAUAUUCAGUGUCUAUCAGGUUGAUGAAACAGAACACCCUCCCAGCUCUGGACCGUGUGGACCACUUAGCAGACUCAGAAUGUAAUUCUUACAUUUAUUCUCCCUUUACUCCUCUGUAGGACAGGUCUGUCCUUCAGGCCCUUCAGAACUCUAUGCUGAUUUGGUCCCUCGACCAGGGCAGAAGGGGUCAGGCACUGUGGAGAGAGGUGAGGGUGUUCUGGACUCUAAGACAGUAAAGGCACUAAAGUCACUUUAAAAGUUUUAGAGGAGCAGGAGGGCAUUAGCUUCAGUAAGCCUAUGGCUCUUGGCUGGGCUGCUUAGCCCAGCUAAGGACUUCCUUUAGCCCACCUCAGGAUCUAGGCUUGAGGGCUGCAGAACCUAGGUCUGCUUCUUCCCCUGACAUCCAUUCUCAGGGCAUCUCGUGCUUUGCCCUUCCUAGGGCUCAGGUUCUUGCCUUAGCACAUAGCUUUGUGGAGCUAUUUCAAAGCUCUUAAUAAAGGUCAAGGAAGUGGGGUGGGGCUUUUCUAUCCAAGGAAAACAAAGUCUUCCUGGUUGCCCUUCUCCCCUUGUUAUCUAAGCUUUCCUCAGCUGUUGUCUUCUGCCAGCUUUUUGGCUCAAGAGGGCGCUGAGUUUGAUGCCAGCUGGCAAAUGAGGGGUGGGCCUUUUUCCUGCAGAGACCCCUCCUUGUUCCAGCUGAAAGUAGUUCCCCAGACUGCCUUUGGUGGUGAGGGCUGGAUGCCAGACUGGUUAGCUGUGGUCUGGCUCAGUGGGGAGAUGGGACCUCCAUAGCUCAUGGCAAGGUCUGAAGACAGCUGAGCCAGGAAAGCUGCUGCUGAGACAGCUCACAGGGAACUCUGGGAGGCCUGGGGUGUAGGGCUGGGGCUCCAGCUCCCAGGAGUACGGGGAGGUGUUUCUAUGUGUCAGUAUUUUGGAUGUCCCAGGUCUUCUGAAGAUUUGGGUCCUCCUCUCUGGGUAGCUCAGAAGUAAGGAGGUUAAUGUGAUUCAGUAGUACAGGAAUGGGGAUGGCAAGGGCAGAAGUGGCCUCUCAGUGUACCUCACUAUGCCCCUCCUGGGUGAGACUGCAUCUCCCAGGAGCUCUCUAGACAAUGAGCAUCUAAAGGAGGCUCCGGUUGUGCAGAGGGGUGAAUUUUCCUGUCUCUUUCAUUGCUGUCUCUCCCCUCUCAAACUAUCCAAUGUGGUGUGAACAUGGAAGAAAUGGUUACUGGGGCUGUGUGGAGGAGCGUCUCACCUAGGGUGGUCACUUUGAUCCAGGGAUUCAAUCUCCUCUCUUCGCAUCGCGGCCAGUGUUGGAUGUCUCACCCUAUCUGCAGCUGGGUAGGAGGGCCAGGUUAAGUGCACCAGCUCCCUCUGAGAGCAAGCAGGCAGUGCGUAAAGCCGGAGCCUGCCUGAGGUGUUGCCUCCUCCCAGGUGGUGCGGGGGCUGAUGGGCGGGCAGGCGUGCUGACAGCCGGCAGUUUGCGUGGGCUGUGCCAUCUGAUGUCUAUUCCCAGCCCUGGGAGGAAGGGGGAGUCAUUUUUAUUCUGCAGGAGGAAGGGCCCCCAGCUGUCGCCUCUCUGACCAGCAGGCCUGGAUCAGGGGCACAGGGUAGAGAAGGGGGCACAAGUGGUCUCCUCCUGCUUAGCCAGGUCGGACUGCAGUAUAGAGAGUAAGUCACCAGGGGGGGCCCUUCCUGGCAGGCUGGAUUGUAGGGGGAACUUCCCUCUUCUCCUGUCUUUCCAUUUCUCCCUCCAUCACCACCUGCCCUCACAUCCUGGGGCAGCAGCUGGACAACCAUUAGACCUCAGUGCCAGGGCCCUCGUCCUCCAGCUGGGAUCUCAGUGGCUACCAGCUGCCUGUGCCUCCUGCUGGUGUGUUCCCUCCUCCCCACACCUACUAUUCCGCACCUCCCUGUAUCUCCCAAUGUCUGUGGUAUUUGUUGGGCUUCUCAGCAAGGAGGCAGAAGCCUUGCAGGAGCAGCAAAUGGCUGGGGUUUUUUGCCCUUGUACCCUGGCCAAGGAAAGCUGCUAGUAGUCAGCCUGUUUUGCGUUUUAAAAAAAAAGUGCAGAAAAAAAAUUUGUGUGUCAUUUGCACAAAUUUUCAUAUCAAGCUCACUAAGCCUUGAUUCGAAAUUUGAUUAUAUUCCAAGUUUGAUUAUAUUCAGACUCAACCUUGAGGACAUUAGAAAUAUAGAUGGGUUUUGUAUCCAAAUCUGAAUGAUAAUGAGAUUACUCUUCUGGGUUUGAAUACCCUUCCCAAGCCCAGAUCUUUCCUGUAACCACCCUUAGCCAUGGCUGGGUGUGGUGUCAAAUGGCAGGAGCUGUGUCUAGGGAAGUCUUCCAGCCUCACCUUGGCUUUUCAGCUGCAUCAAAGGUAGGCUGCUGUCACUUGCCAGCCUGUGCCUCCUCUCUCCCCACCCUUCACAGGGCAGACUACCCUUCUCCGCUCCUUGACACCGGCCUGUCCCUUCUUUCUCAUUGUCCCCUGUUUAUAGCUGCUUUGGGUCUUGUUUUUAAAACCUCACUGUGGGAGAUCCAGGCAUCCUCCCUGAGCCAACUGGCUGCUGUGCCAAGGCCUGUUCAGAGUUAAUAAUAAUCAUUAGCUGAAUGGCGGUAGAGUCUUUCAGCUCCAGAUCUCUAAGCACUUGCAGGCUGAGUCAGCCAGCCCUCCCAGUCACCCUAUUCCUGGGCUGUGGAGUGUAACAGAAUGGAGAGGCACUGUGGGAGGGGAGGGAGUUUAGGAGUCUUGCUGCCUAGCCACGCCUUGAGGCUUCUCUCCUCUGGGAAUGCGCACUGAGAGUUCUUUGCACCUGACAAAGAUCAAGGUAUGGAGAGAACACAGUAUAUGCUUAGCUGAGACUAGUGGUGGCAGUGACAGCGGUUGUCCGUGAACCUCUAGUACUCCUGCUCUUCUGUUUACCUGUCUUGUCUUCCAUGGGCACCCCUGGUUCUGAUGCCUCAACCUCAGCAUUUCUGGUGCCCCUUGUAAGCCUAAGUGCCCCUGAUGCCCCUGUGUCUGGUUGGCAUAAAGACCCAGUGUAUCAUGAAAUGAAAGGUGCAUUGGCCUGGGAGCUGAGAAACCUGCUAUAUGGGUUUACUUAGUCCCUAACACUGGUGUGGUUGUGGACAAACCACUUGCUGCUUGACCUACCUCACAGGGAUGUUGUGAGGGUUACAUGAGAGAACGAAUGUUAACAGACAUUGGAAAAUUCAAAGCAUUAAACAAAUGUAAACAUGUGGUAUUA